AUGGAUUUGGUUGAUGUGUGUUGGUACAGAUUAACAACACCAGACAAUCCAAUGGUGAUUACUGCAAGUAUUGGUGGGAAAGGACAAAUUGAUUGGAAAAAUGCUAGGCAGUUACUUUUUCUAGAAUUUACUAAACACAAAAGAUUCUGUCAAAGAAUUAGCAAGUUGAAUGGUUAUUAUAUUCUAGAGUCUGUUCAAAUGAAUAUUGAUAACCAUAUUAUCAUUGAUACUACAGCAUUUAAAUCGUAUGAGCAAUAUAUAAACAUACUAGAAAAAUAUAAAUCAGCUCCAUUAGACACUGAUAAACCUCAAUGGAAAAUAUACUUGUAUACUAAUGUAAUGAAUGAAUGGAGAAUUCUAGCAAGAGUUUCUCAUUGUUAUUGUGAUGGAAUGGCUGCAAUGAGAUUAUUGAAAGAGUCUACACAGCAUAUAUCUUCAAUUAUUUUUAAUGAAGAGCCAAAUUAUCAUUUUUUGGAUAUAAAUAAACAAAUACCUAAAUUAUCAAGUCUGGCAACUAAACAACAACCAGCAACAAUUAUUAAAAGACUCUGUAGAAUUUUAAUAAUCCCUUAUUACAUGGUUAAAUCCUUUUUUGUCAGAGGAGAUUUUACCAAAGAACUAAGGAAACCAUUGAGUGGAAAGCAAUUAGUUUUUUGGAAGAAACUUGAUUCAAUUGAAAAUAUUAAAUCAAUUGCAAGGUGUUAUGAUGGUACAUUAAACUCAUUAUUAUUCUCUUGUUUGAACAUUAGCUAUUCAAACAUAUUAAAAAGAAAAGGGAGUUCAAGCAAACAAUUACAAUUCUAUAUUGCAACUAAUCUAAGACCUUUUGAACCUCAAAUCAAACUAGGUAAUAAUAUUGGACUGUUAUUAAUGAAAUUACCAUUACAAGAAACAGACUUAAACUCCCUUGUCAAGUAUAUGAAAAAACAAUUAGACAACGCAAAGGAAAGUAUGGAGGCUUAUUCUUAUUAUCUUCUUCAAUGUCUUGUUGGACUACUUCCUGAUUGGAUGGAAUCAAUUGGUAUUAAAAUUGUAUCACAAAAAGCUACAUUAAAUGUAACUACAUUACCUGGACCACAAGACAAAGUGAAUUUUUUCGGUUCUGAAGUUGAUGAUUUUAUUGGGUUUGUCCCCCACUUAGGGACAACAGGUAAUGGUAUUAGUUUUAUUGGAAGUGGUGGUGAUCUUUUUGUUAGUUUUGCUGUUGAUAGUAAUUUAGAUAUAGAUCCAAAAAAACUUUAUGAGAAUUUUGAAUCUGCAUAUCAUCAAUUCUCUUCAACCAAAGAAUAUAACAAAUUGUUGUGUUAUCAUUAA